GCCCCGCUCCGCCGAGCCCCCCCGCGGCCCUGCCCCUCCCUUUGUCAAGCACCGAGGGUCUCCCCGACACCCCCCUCCCCGCCGCCUCUCCCUCUGUCAGCCGCCGAACUGCCCCCCGGGACCCCUCGGCCCGGCACCGGGCAUCCCCCGGGAGCGGGGGCCCUGUGAGGGCACCGGCCUUCUCAGAACGGGGCUGUGGUGUCUCCCCGCUCCUCCCCUCCUUCUCGCCUCAUCUUUCCACUCUCACCCCCCCGGCAUCGGGCCGACUUUCAGCAGCGCGCCGGGAGGCAGCAUCGACCCUUGGGUUCUGCCCCUGCGCCCCUUCCGAGGCAUCGCACGGGGCUGCUAACCGGUUGUAGACCGUCCCGAGCUUGUCCCGGGUUCACCAUCCGGUCCCCGCUGGUGUUGCUGAGGUUACCCGUUUCCCCACCAAGUUUUUGUGGGAAAGGGCCCCCCCCGGCCCUUCCCCUUUGCUAGCGAGCAUGGAGUUUGCGGAGCUGAUCAAGACCCCUCGAGCGGACAACGUCGUCCUGCACCGCCCUUUCUACCUGGCCGUGGAGGGGACUCUCUGUUUGACUGGCCAUCAUCUCAUUUUUUCUUCACGGCGUCAAGAUAACGCCGAGGAGCUCUGGCUGCUGCACUCCAACAUUGAUUCUAUUGAAAAAAGGUUUGUGGGCUCAUUGGGUACCAUCAUUAUAAAAUGCAAAGAUCUGCGAAUUAUUCAGCUGGAUAUACCUGGAAUGGAGGAGUGUUUGAACAUUGCUAGCUCUAUUGAGGCACUUUCCACCUUGGAUUCUGUCACUCUCAUGUAUCCCUUCUUCUACCGACCCAUGUUUGAAAUCAUUGAAGAUGGCUGGCGCUCUUUUCUGCCUGACCAAGAGUUUGAGCUCCUUAGUUCAGUGACAGAUGAAUGGCGUCUAAGCUGCAUCAAUAAGGAAUUCUCUGUCUGUCCCUCCUACCCUCCAGUUGUCAUUGUCCCCAAAUCCAUCGAUGAUGAAGCGCUUCGGAAAGUUGCCAUGUUUCGCCAUGGCAGUCGCUUCCCAGUCCUCAGCUAUUAUCAUAAGAAGAAUGGGAUGGUCAUGAUGCGAAGUAGCCAACCUCUUACAGGUACUAAUGGAAGACGGUGUAAAGAAGAUGAGAAGCUUAUUAACGCCACACUACGGCCUGGCAAGCGUGGCUACAUCAUUGAUACGAGGUCCCUGAAUGUUGCCCAGCAGGCCAGGGCCAAAGGAGGAGGCUUUGAACAAGAAGCACACUAUCCCCAGUGGAGGAGGAUUCACAAAUGCAUUGAGAGGUUUAAUAUUCUGCAGGAAAGCCUCAUCAAACUUGUGGAAGCUUGUAAUGACCAGUCACACAACAUGGACCGCUGGCUCAGUAAACUGGAAGCUUCCAACUGGCUGACCCACAUCAAGGAAAUACUGACUGCAGCUUGUCUAGCUGCUCAGUGUAUUGAUAGGGAAGGUGCAUCAGUGUUAGUUCAUGGGACUGAAGGAACUGAUUCGACGCUCCAGGUAACUUCUCUGGCACAGAUUAUCUUGGACCCGAGGUGCAGGACCAUACGUGGCUUUGAAUCUCUUGUUGUGAGGGAGUGGCUGCAGGCUGGUCACCCUUUUCAGCAGCGCUGUGCCCAAUCGGCUUAUUCAAACAGCAAGCAGAAAUGGGAAGCCCCAGUGUUUCUCCUCUUUUUGGACUGUGUGUGGCAAAUCCUUCGUCAGUUCCCUUGCUCUUUUGAAUUCAACGAACAGUUCCUUAUUAUGCUCUUUGAACAUGCUUACGCCUCACAGUUUGGGACUUUCCUGGGAAACAAUGAAAACGAAAGGUCUAAGCUGAAGCUGCUGCAAAAGACUAUGUCCCUUUGGUCCUGGGUGAACAGGUCUGAAGAGCUGAGCAAAUUCCAGAAUCCUCUUUUUGAGGCCAACAGCCUUGUCAUCUGGCCCUCCGUUGCCCCACAGAGCCUGCAGCUCUGGGAAGGUGUCUUUCUCCGGUGGAACAGGCCUUCCAAGUUCCUAGAUGAAGCCCAUGAAGAAAUGAUCAGUAUUAUAAAAUACAACAAGGAACUUCAGGCAAAGGUUAAUGCAUUGAGAAGGCAGCUAGCAGAGAUGGAAACAGAUGAUAGGAUGCAGGAGAACCUGUGAGCUGGCAGGGCUUUGCCUCAGGUCUUUCCUUUUGAGUCCCUUUUACGUUAAAGACUGAACAUGGAAAGUGCAUGUAUUGCAGAGCCCUCAGUCCUCCCACUGCCGAAACCUUCACUUCACACUAUGUACCUCUCUGCUUUUGGGAGGGAUUUCUGUUUUGUUUACAGAAGACAUACACAACUGGGCAUAGUGUCCUCUCUUGGCAGCUUUUCUGUCUCAAAAUUGUGUACAGUGUCAGCAGAAGCUGGAACUCUUACCUCCACCCAACUCUAUGGAUGACCAGGAUGGGCCAAGAGACAGGAUGUUUCAAAUUUAUUCUGGACUUUUCCUGGUUUUUGUUGAACUCUCUAAACACUCGGCAGGAUUAAAAGACAAAGUUAUGUGUAGAUAGGUAAAGGCAUUUUGUCUGAAAGCACUUUUUCUCUCCAAGAGCAAGUAGGACAGAUUAGUUCUUUAGUUUCGUAGAAAAACUAGAAAAUGGUAUAAUCCAACUACAGGUUCUACCAGUCUGUAUGAUACUCUCAGUAGCCUUCACAUCUAACACUUGGGGUUUUUUGUGUUAAACAUUGGCUUGGGAGCAGUACGUUGAAUACCAAACCAGAACAAGAAAUUUCAGUGCAAUACAGAACUAAAGUAGGGAUUCUGCUGCUAAUGUUUAAGCCAUGAUCUUCAGGUGGAGUUGUCCCUCAUGGACAGAUAUCUCCUAAGGAAAACAAACUUUUUUUUUGUUCUACCUGGAAAUCAAAAAGGUUAAGUAGUUGGUGGAGGUGUUCACUUGCAAAGCAGUGGCUCAGAGCUGUCCUAACUAGGGCCAAGCUGCCUGCUUGAAAACUCAGACUGCACUGGCUGUUUUUGUAAAACUUGAACAAGUUCUCAGCAUUGCUAGGGUGCAAGAACAGCACUUAAUCUACAGCUCAACAAAACACUUUUUGUGCCACCUGGUGUGCUUUUUCCUCUCAUGCUCUUACUAUACAUUUGAUGAAACAUCGAAAGCAGAAGUUGGGAGUUCAGGUGAUCUGGCACAUCGGGUGGCUGCUGCAGAUUGAGGCCAUCACACUACAAAAAUGCUCAUAGUUUAGAUCGUUUGUAGCUGCUAAAACUGCUUAAAUACUUUAGAGAUAAAUGUUUUUUCCAAGUAACUUUGUAUUUUGUAGCUGAUCUUUGUUUCUGUGACUGCAAUCUUUUAUAAAAUCAGAAGUUUUGCUAGAGACUUUUUUUUGGUUCUCCUUUAAAAAGGCAGAUAAGAGUGGAUCUGAAAUACUCCCCUAGGCAUUUGUUCAGCUUGGUUCCACUGAUAGCUGUACAUGACUGAGGAGACUUGAAUUAACAACAGUGCUUGUGGCUGGGAUUAUCUGAAAAGGCCCUUGCUGUUGGCCUGUUUCUGCUGAAAUGAACGGAGGCUGUGUCGGGUCAGUGGUGAUCUCUUUGGGAACUGCUGAGCUUCUGUGACACUUUAUGCUGUUUUGCAGUGAAGCUGCCUUUAUUUAAAAGCCACUUUGCAUAAAGAUAGAUAUAUGUGAAAACGCAGCAUCUUUAGCUGUCAUAGAAGUAACUGGAGAAUAAUCUGCAAAACUCAUGUAACCACUAAAAAUAUUCUAAGUUCUGUAACCAAGGAAGCGAUAUAAAAUUACAUCAUAGUGAUUAAGUGCUACCUUAAUGCCUUCUGCUUCGGUCCUUAUUUCCCUAAUUAUGUUCUUCUUGACUAACCUAAACUUAGUCCUAAAGUCAUCUGGCUUAAAAAAUAAAAAGAUCCCUCUUAACACCAUUGUUCACUUAAGGCAAAAUAAUAAUUCCCCCUGCUUGUAAUACCAAUUUUGUUUAGAGAUUGACAGGGUUUUUUUUGCUAAAUCGAGUCUGCCACGGGGAACUUUUCUCAGGGUGGCUGGUGAUGGGUGCUGUGUAACAGGGGAGGCACAGAUUGCCUGUGCUUUCUCCCACCUCCAAACACUGGCUCCUGGAGCGACCUUCUGGGUAUAUUGCAAAUGUAAGGCCUUGAAAAUUAUUGCUCACCCUUUAAAAUGAUGUCUGUGGGAUCUGCACCUGCCUGGAUGUUGUAUCCCUAUCCAAUUUGGAAUUUCUACUGUUCCUGUAAUCUGAAAUGCAUUAUCACUAGCCAGAUGGGAAGGAUUCAGAAGGCACUAUUUUCCCCAUAAUAGACUAUACAUAAAACACACUUAAAGGUUAUGUAAUUUCCUAACAUAGUAAUUAUAUAUUGAGCUAAAUAAUAGAGAAGCAAAGAGGGUUUUUUUUUUCUGAUCUAAUUGCCUGGCUGCUCUACUCUCGCAUGCAAACUGCAGGCAUCUGAGGAAAUUGGGUAACCAGCUGUGACAGCUAACAAAAGGCAGAAAAUUCUCUCUGAGCUGGCAUUUCAUCCUCGACUUGUAUUUCAGGACCGAAUCCACCCCUGAGUGCUGUGCGCUUGCCUUGGCUUAGUGGUGGUGUGGAUCACAGCCCUCGUGUGAAAAUGCUGGUGGUGUUCUGAGCAGCCACAGCAGCUCCUUCCCCCAUUUCCUCUGCAAGCAGCAGGAGCUGGAGGUUUAAGUUAACCUGCAAAUCAUCACCUCCCUGAGACGUACAGUCCUGCAAGGUGUUGCAGGGGAUGGAGUUGAGAUGUGUGGACCCUUGCAGGUCCUCCUGGGAGAAGACAGUUCACUUGUGUCAGGCUACUUGUGUGUUCUCUUUUAACCUUUCCGUUCCCAGGCUGCAGUCUGGUGGCUACUGCCAGUACUCACCAGAGCACACCAGUUCUUUCCUUACCUGCAUUUCCACCAUAUUUAUUUACAUAUUUAAUAUUGAUAACCAGCUUGCUUGCUCUUAGAAGGGAUGUCUGCUGGACCCUGCCGUGCAAGUCGCCUGUGUCUCCCUGAGCUGUAAGCACUGUGGCAGUGCCCGGCUCUGGCUCUUCAGUCUGACGCUGCCUUACACUCUUGCUGACACCUUUGCUUCUGCUCUUUUGCACAUAGAUAUUUGUGUAAGAAGCUGGACACUGAGGAGCCCCCUUACCCAAACUCUGGGCUCAGUCACUCUGCCAUUUACC